AAAAUAUGGCAUCGUUGUAACUUUAGGUCAGAAGACGAGACCGGUUGACAGAAAGUUUGGUAUUCUACAUACUACUGUGAUGUAUCGUUCGUUGUAUAGUGUCAUCGUGCGUUAUAUCAACUUGACGGAAAAUUUACUGACAAGUCGCGUAUCAGCGACAGUUACAAUUAUUUACGAUAACGACAACGUGAAUCGAAAAUAAUUAGCUGGCAGUGUGUGGUGCUGUGGGGCAGGAGACGAUGAGGGUCGAGGGGAUAAUUCGGGUGGCGACUUGAGGGCAGAAAUGUUGAAAUUUGGUAGUAAAAGUGACGUUACAGUGGUGCAUCGCGCCACUAUUCGACUUCUAGACGACGCCGAAAUUAUCCACUGUGACUUUCAGCCUCAGCACAAAGGAAGGUAUAUUCUCGAAUAUGUAUGCAAGCAACUCAAUAUCUUGGAAACGGAUUAUUUUGGGCUUCGAUAUGUGGAUCAUUGUAGGCAAAGGCAUUGGUUAGAUUUGGCAAAAACAGCGAUUAAGCAAGUAAAAGACAUGGACCCGAUUCUGUUUAGUUUUCGCGUGAAAUUUUAUCCACCGGAUCCUCUAAGGCUGAAGGAAGAAAUAACUAGGUAUCAAGUUUACCAGCAGCUUAAGAGAGAUCUUCUUCAUGGACGACUAUAUUGCAGUCCAGGUGAAGCAGCGCUGCUGGCGGCGUGCAUCGUGCAAAGCGAAUUAGGGGAUUAUGAUCCUAAACUUCACGAAGGAAACUACAUUUCCGAACAUAAAUUAUUGCUUAAACAAACGGAAACUAUUGAAGAAAAGGCUAUGAAACUGCAUCAAACAGAAUUGAAGGGAUUCACUCCACAGCAAGCAGAAACUCAUUUCCUUAGGUUAGCAUCACAAUUGGAUACAUAUGCUGUUGAUCCACAUCCCGUAAAGGACCAAAAAGGUGCGCAAUUAUAUCUUGGUAUUAAUCAUUGUGGAAUUCUGACAUUCCAAGGAUCUCGUAAAACACAUCAUUUCCGCUGGCCGGAGGUUCAGAAAAUCAACUACGAAGGAAAAAUGUUUAUUGUACAUUUAACAAUAAGUGAGAAACGAACUUUAUUUUGAUCACAAUGUCCCACGGGAUCGAACUGCCGUCAUGUUUGGAGAUGCGCUAUCGAGCAAAUGUUAUUUUUCACAUUACCUAGGGCAUCGGAUGCACCGGUUGUAAGCGGUGGAUCCAUUUUUUCCUGGGGUACAAAAUUUAAAUAUACUGGUAGAACAGAAAAAGAGGUAUUAGAAGAAACGGGUCCACUUCGGAAAGAAGAACCACCUAUACAGCGAUGUCAAACUACGUGUCUUAGAAGAAAAGCUAGUAGUGUGCCAGCAACCCCUAGUACUCCUAGUCAAGACCUUGUUGAAAUAAGAUAUUCCAGUUUACCACGUAGCUGUCAUAGCGCAGGUUUAGACGGUGCGGGAAUGUCAGAAGGUAGUACUGGCGUUCCAUUCAGUUCGCCUUAUUGUCCAGAUAAUACUUUGCCAUUGCUAGAACCUGUUUCGGAGGACCAAGAAAUUCAUAGCAGAAGAAACAAUGCAGUAGAUGAAAAUGAUACGCAUGUGAGAGCCACCCACAACACCACCACUACCACCACUACCACCACCACCAUCACUUUCAACACCACCACAAAUCGUACGAAAAUUAGAAUGAAAUAUCCCAAGAACACGCUGAACCGACCUCAACCAUUGUACAGUCAAAAAAUAGUGAUAGGCUCGGAGGAAUUACUCGGGCGUGACAUCGAUAACGUCGUCAGGCAACAUAUAAAUACCUUCGAAAAGAGUCCGAAGGUUGUCAGAUCGACCGCCUUGAUAAUAAAGAGUUCUAAAAUAUCGGCGGAGUCAUUGAAAGCUGGUAAAGAGAUCGCGAACGAGACUUACGUAUUCCCGACACCCGAUUCGGGAACGAUUAUCACAACAGUGAUAGAUGACGGUCCGUUCGAUUCUAACACCGUCGGUAAGAUCUUGCGCAGGUCCAACGAGCAGGUAAGCAUGCUCGUUCGUCAGGAGAAUGAGGUUGAAUGUCGCGGCAUCGGAACCAUGACGAAAACAGCAAACGGUUACAUUGCAUCGGAAACAACUGACGUCGAAGACGUUAGAAACGAAGUCGAAGCCACAAAACGACAGGAAAGGACAGUCGGUCAGCAUGAAGGUGCAAUUAACGACUAUUACUUUAGAGAUUCUUUUGAUCAUUCGUCAUCAGAAAGUCAGCUAUUGGAUACAUCUGGAAAACCACACAGUCGUUCGGUGACGCCUGUACCGAAAAUGCAAAAACUUCAAAACGUAAAAGAAUUUCAUCAACAACAACAACAACAACAACAACAAUUGCAGCAAACUGGUCGACGUUCAAAAUCAAGGCAUAAGAGUCUUCGAAUCACGAGGCUUUUUAUUCCAGCUUUCAUGCUCACGAUCACAGUUUUAUUUACUGUGAUCGUUUUGGUAUUUGAGACAGACACAACGCUUUUUAAUAAUUUGCGUAAGACGCCAGAAAUGGUGGCCUUAAAGAACCAAUACUAUGUCCCCAUCAAGGAGUUCUUGAGGACAAAGCUCGGCCUAUUUUGAUGUGACGCGAUGAUGACCAGGCUGAGAUCGCCCUUUGUCGCUAAGUAACUUCUUUCAGUGCCAAGUCAA